AUACCCAGAACCAUGUGUGCGGAGCGGCUGGGCCAGUUCGUGACCCUGGCUUUGGUGUUUGCCACCUUGGACCCUGCGCGAGGGACGGACUCCACGAACCCUCCGGAAGGUCCCCAAGACAGGGGCUCCCAGCAGAAAGGCCGCCUGUCCCUGCAGAACACAGCGGAGAUCCAGCACUGUUUGGUCAACGCCGGGGACGUGGGGUGUGGUGUGUUUGAGUGCUUCGAGAACAACUCUUGUGAAAUCCAGGGCUUACAUGGGAUUUGCAUGACGUUUCUGCACAACGCUGGAAAAUUUGAUGCCCAGGGCAAGUCAUUCAUCAAGGAUGCCCUGAGGUGCAAGGCCCAUGCCCUGCGGCAUAAAUUUGGCUGCAUCAGCAGGAAGUGUCCGGCAAUUAGGGAAAUGGUUUACCAGUUGCAGAGGGAAUGCUAUCUCAAGCACGACCUGUGCUCGGCAGCGCAGGAGAACGUCGUCGUGAUUGUGGAGAUGAUUCAUUUCAAGGAUCUCCUGCUGCAUGAACCCUACGUGGACCUUGUAAACCUGCUGCUGACCUGUGGGGAAGACGUGAGGGAGGCGGUCACCCGAAGCGUCCAGGCUCAGUGUGAACAGAGCUGGGGAGGCCUCUGCUCCAUCCUGAGUUUCUGCACCUCCAACAUACAGAGACCCCCUACCGCAGCCCCGGAGCAUCAGCCCCUGGCAGACAGGGCCCAGCUCUCCAGACCUUACCACCGGGACACCGACCACCACCUAACAGCCAACAGAGGUGCCAAGGGUGAGCGAGGGAGCAAAAGCCACCUGCAUGCCCAUGCUCGAGGCGGAGCAGGUGGCCAGAGUGCCCAAGGACCCUCUGGAAGCAGUGAGUGGGAAGACGAACAGUCUGAGUAUUCCGACAUCCGGAGGUGAAAUGAAA